AUGUCUACUCAUCACGAGGAAAGCUUAUCUGAACCUGGAGCAGUCGGAGGUGACAAGCGAAUUCGUCAACCUACCAAUAAGGGAUUACAAUGGCAGUUAGAAGUGAAGGAAAAGAAAUGGAAAAGCUGCAUUACUUCAUGGAGAAGAUCAUCAACGAAAUUAAGGGCUCUUCUUACUGAUGAAGAUGCAGAAGUUAAUGCCAUAAAAUCCCACAGAGAUGCUCUGCAGGCAAUUACGGAUGAUGCUAUAACAGCUCAAGAAGAAUUUUCUGCAGCUGCAAAGAUGCUUUCUAAAGAGGAAAAUAGUGAAGCAAAACUUGAUGAGCUAGAGGAAGAACAUUCAGUUCUAAUGAAACAAACGUACAACCGAGUGAGAGCCACCCAAGGAAGUUUGAGAUUGUCUACGUCAAGUUCUUCAUCGAAACGUCGAUGUCAACAAUGGCUUGAUCAACAGUUACAACCCAACAAUACAGAUGACGUUCAAAGUGAUAAAGUACGUCAAGAAAACAGGGUUGAAAAGAAAGUCAAUGCUGACAAAGCAAUUCCAAACGAAGAUCUCAGACCUAGACAACAACAAACAUUUGAGGAGCCUGCAAAUCUUGUGCAAGAGCCUCAUCAAGACCCAGAAUUCCUCACAUCAUGUCUGAUUGACCAGAUGCGACUCAAUCGACUCCCUAUUCCAGAGCCACCAGUCUUUGAUGGAAGCCCCCUACAGUAUCCGGCUUGGAAGAGAGCUUAUGACAUGCUCAUUGAAAGGAAAGGAAUCAUGCCAGAAGACAAGUUUUACUACUUGUUGAAAUACCUAAAGGGCUGUCCCUUUGAGUUAGUUCAGGGAUACUCACUCCCUAGUGACGACCAUGCUUACGCAAUCGCAAGACAGGAAUUGGACAAACGUUAUGGAGACACGUUUGUCUUGUCCAAUGCAUUUCGAGACAAGCUAGAUGCAUGGCCUAAGAUAGGUGCAAGGGACUCAGAUGGCCUGCGAAGAUAUGGCGAUUUUCUACGUCAGUGUUUUGCUACAUCUCAGGUUGUACAUCAUUUGAAACACCUAGACGAUGAGAGGGAGAACAGAAAGCUAUUGUCAAAGCUUCCAGACUGGCUCACGCAUAGAUGGGGUCGGAAGGUUGUUCAAUGGAGAAGAGAUACAAACUCAUUCCCUCCAUUCCCUGUCUUUGUGAACUUUAUCGUAGAAGAAGCAGAGGUAGCAAGUGUAUCAGUAACGUCUGUUCAGGAAAGGAAGCCAUCGUCUAAAGCUAGGACUCUAUCUACUGGCAUACAGAAGAAAGAUGAAGGAAACAAGAAGAAACUCGGCUGUCUUUUUUGCAAAGGACAGCACCGUCUGGCAGAGUGUACUUCUUUCGCAUCACAGCCUAUGGAAGAGAAGAGAAAAUUUGUCCACAAAUGUAAUCUGUGCUUCGGAUGUCUUAAGCCUGGUCAUAGAUCGAAGGAAUGUCGCUAUAAGAGCACUUGUUCGAGGUGUAAGAAAAGACAUCCUACACCACUUCAUGAUGAUAAUUGGAGUAGUAAGCGACAAUCUAAGGAAGAUGACUCUCUACGUGAGGCAGAGGAAUCUCAUUCAUCCCAUGCAUCAAGCAACAGGAGUAGCUCCCAUACUUCAAAAACCUCUUCUAUUGUUCCAGUUUGGUUAUCCCAUACUUCAACGCCAAAGGAGAUGUUGGUAUAUGCAAUGCUUGAUACCCAAUCUGACACAACGUUUAUCCUUCGAAGGACGAAUGAAAAAAUGGGAGUUACAGGAACAGAGGUCAACCUACUCUCAACAAUGUCCAAGGCUGAGGAAAGAGUUGCAAGCGAGAAAAUUAAAGGUCUCAAGGUGAGGGCCUUGAAUGGUAAUAAGGAGAUUAUGUUACCACCAUCUUAUACCCGUGAUAUCAUGCCGGCGAAUAGAACUCACAUUCCAACGCCUGAAGUCGUCGAGAAUCUUACCUAUCUGGAGUCCAUUAAAGAUCACCUAUCGCCAUUAAUGGAUUGUGAGAUAGCCUUACUUAUAGGCUAUGAUUGUCCUACUGCACUUACUCCUCGAGCUGUCAUUCCCCCACCGGUACAUGGAGGACCUUUCGCAAUGCAGACUGACCUGGGAUGGAGUGUCAUAGGCAUGGUGGACCAUGGCUGUAAUGAUAAUGACCCAAUAGGUAUAAGCCAUCGUACCAUGGUGAAGGUCCUUCCUGAGGAAGUGCGGCUAGACAGUCAUCCUACAGAAGUCAUGUUCUCAUGCCAAUCCACAGUUAGAGAGGAGAUAGCACCUCAUCAAGUCGUCAAGCUCUUAGAAGCAGAUUUUGCCCCUGAAAGAGCACAACGUCAUUACUCUCAGAAUGAUACCAAGUUUCUGAAACUAAUGGAGGAGCAGAUUCGAGUCACAGGCAAUGGACACUACGAAACACCCCUUCCUUCAAAGAAACACAUCCUAAGCUGCCAAACAACAGGAAUAUGGCUUUGA